ACCCGCCGGCGGAGCAGCGGAGCCUCGUCCCGCGAAGGCGGGCAGGGCAAAAGGCGGCGCGGAGCCUUACCUCGGCCGUGCCCCGAGCUGGAGGAGAGUGUCGAGCGAGCAGCAGCACCGCGAGCAGCGGGGCCGCAGCCCCCGGCCACCCCGGAGCCCCCACGGCGGCGGGACGCGGGUGUCCGGUGCCGCUUCCGCGGGUGACCCGCUGCUGCCCUGGGCGCAGCCGGGCCCGCCUGGACUACAAGUCCCAGCGUGCCCCGCGGAGGACGCGGUGACAUCAGACGCCAGCCUCUCUUUAGCCGCCUUGCAGCCGGAUGUAGGUUCCUUUCCGUCCCCGGAAGAUGGCGGGUGAGAAGGCAGCCGCUGAGAAAAAGCCUGCAGAGAAAAAGCCAGCCCAGAAAAAGGCUGGUGAGAAGAAACCAAGUCAGAAGGAAGGGGGUGAGAAGAAGAAGGUUAAGAGGCAUCAUGCCAGCCGUAACCCUGUCCUGGCGCGGGGGAUCGGGAGGUACUCCCGCUCUGCCAUGUAUGCCAGAAAGGCUCUGUACAAGCGCAAGUACACCGCUCCAGAAACAAAGAUAGAAAAGAAAAAGAAAGAAAAGCCCCGUGCAACCAUCACCAAGCCAGUGGGUGGAGACAAGAACGGAGGCAGCCGCGUGGUUAAGAUCCGCAAAAUGCCCAGAUACUAUCCCACUGAAGAUGUUCCUCGCAAGCUCUUGAGUCACGGCAAGAAGCCCUUUUGCGAGCACAAGAGGCGGCUGCGGACCUCUAUUACCCCAGGAACUGUGCUGAUCCUUCUGACCGGUCGUCACCGAGGCAAGCGUGUUGUCUUCUUGAAGCAGCUUGAUACUGGCCUUCUGCUUGUUACAGGACCCUUGGCCAUCAAUCGUGUGCCCCUGCGCAGGGCCCAUCAGAAAUUCGUUAUUGCCACAUCUACAAAGGUUGACAUCUCUGGAGUGAAGAUCCCGAAGCAUCUCACCGAUGCGUAUUUUAAGAAGAAGAGGCUGCGUAAGCCCAAGCACCAGGAAGGCGAGAUCUUUGACACUGAAAAAGAAAAAUACGAGCUAACGGAGCAGCGCAAGACAGACCAGAAGGCCGUAGACUCGCAGAUCCUUGCACGGAUCAAGAAGGUGCCUCAGCUCCGUGGGUACCUGCAUUCUACCUUCUCUCUCUCAAAUGGAGUCUACCCUCACAAAUUGGUGUUCUAACUGCUCUGAAAGCACCACAUUAAAUCUAAAGGGCAAAAAAAGCA